UUCAAUAGUGUGUUGAAGUAAAAAUUAAACAAAUUAAUUUGAUUUGGAUUUAUUUAAACCAUUAUCUUGUAGCAGAGGACAUAAACAGCAAAAACACUUCAAACUGUGUGAAUAUUAGAAAGUGAACAGUUGAAAUGGAAUGAAGAAAAGAUGACAUAAAUCUAAAUGUUUACUCGACCCGAAAACAAAUCAAAGAAACCGAAAAUGGGAGAUAAUAAACAAAAACGAUCAUCGUUUACACAUUUUACUUGUGUUAAAAUUACCAAUCCAACUAUUCAAGAGAAUUGUGCGAUGUUAAAAGAUAGCAUACUGAGCAAUGAGAAGAUAAAAAAUGUCCCAGAAGCGGUUUUCAUGAGACAAAAAAAACUCCAUAUAACAUUCGGGAUGAUGCUCUUGAAGAAUGCGGAUGAUCACAACCGGGCAAUACAGAUCCUUAAUGAUUGUAACGAAAAUAUUGUGAAGCCAGUCAUAAGCAACUACGGUAAAAUCACGAUCAAUGUGCAUGGAUUAGAUGUAAUGAAUAGAAACCGGAAAAAGGCACGAGUAGUCUAUGCAAAAAUUGAAUCAGAAGCUCUACAAAAAGUUGCCGAUGGCAUUACCAGAGCAUUCAUCGAUGCAGGUUUAUCAAAACAAGAAUCUGAUCGAAACGCUGUAAAAUUACAUAUGACUGUGAUGAAUGUGAGAUAUGCGACAGAUGGCACAAAAUCCAUUGAUGCCACACAAAUUUUGGAACAUUAUGGUGAUUUUGAGUUUGGUUUUCAAGAAAUAAAUCACAUUCAUUUAGUUGCUCUGUCUAAAAUUGCUUAUGCCGGCCCCGAUGGUUUCUACAGAUGUAUAGCCAGAAUUGAAUUUUAAUGAAAACAAUGGACUGACACAAUAAAUGCUGAUUAAUGAUAGAUGAUUUUAA